AUGGGCUUUUUGGGCAAGAAGUGGAACGAACUAGUGUACACACUCACCUCGAACGACCGCUACGCCGGCUACCACUCGUCCAAGGCCGUCAGAUCGCUUGGGACAGAGUCGGACGACAGUGACGCAGAGGAGGCGAAGGACACCGGCGGCGUUGCUAGCGGGUACUCUGAUCAGCUCGACGAAUCCGGGUACUCGGCGGACGAGAAGCAGCAGGCCCAAUUGGUGCUAGACGCCUGGCACAUCAUCGAGGACGUGAUCAAUCUUGACAUGAAGGGCGCCGCCGAUGGGUCCAACAGCCACUUCACACUCAACCCAAAAAACUACGACUUCGAAUACGAGGACGAGCUCGACAACAUCGACGACAUCCCGGACGCAGAGGACUUUCUGAACUCUCUCUCGAGCCCCUGUACCGUUAAGGACUUGCAUGUGGCACAGAAGCACCUCGGCGUCAGACUACCUCUCCCGGUAUUGCAGUACUUCAUGGUUCACGAUGGCCAGGAGAUCCCUCCGUCCUCGACCCGCAAAAUAGGCAUCAUGUACGGCCUCCAGCUCCUGAGCUUGGCUGAGGUCGUCACCAUGACCAACUAUUGGAGGAAGGUCUCCCGCAAAGAGUCCAACGCCAGGUAUGCCGCACAGGACUCGUUCGCAAAGGAGGAGAAGCAGCAGGAACGGGCGCUCUACGAGAAGGAGGAGAAAUUGAUUGACAACGACCCAAACUUCCAGAUCGUGAAGAAGAUCGACAGAAUAUCCGAAAAAGACCUCCAGAACUACCCGGACUUGGUGAGAAACAUGUCUACCCACUCCAAAAACGACUACAUCAAAAAGCUUCCUGACCAGAAGUCGUACCCUCCAAAGAAGGUCAAGUUACAGUACGCAAACCCGAACUGGAUACCCCUCGUUACAGACAACACGGGAAACCACAUCGCAAUCGAUUUGGAACCCGACACAGAUGGCAUUCCCGGCCAGGUCAUCAUUUUCGGAAGGGAAUAUGACACAAAAUACGUCAUUGCCGACAACUGGGGACAGUUCAUGAACAAGUUCGCUCUCGAUUUCGAAGACGCCGGACGCUGCAACCUCGACUACGACAGUGAAAUGGGCCAAUUCGACCUGGCAUACCUAGACAAAAAGGGCGAAAUCGUCGACGAAGGCUAUCUCUACGUCCUUGCACAAAGGACAUUGGGCAAAGACAUUUAA